AUGGAAUUAACAUCAUCUUCACACACAAGUUUUGCUGCUGGUGUUGCUAUGGUUGCAUAUACAAUAGGGGAAAUCAUGUUCACUGGCUUCGCCUAUGCGGCUCGUAAUUGGCUUAAUCUCAAAUGGCUGAUGAGCGUCUAUUUUGCCGUCACUGUUCCUUAUCUCUAUUUCAUUCCAGAAUCGCCCUAUUGGUUAUUUGGUCGAAAGAAAUACGAUGAACUUGAAGUUUGUUUACGAAAAAUUGCCAAAAUCAAUCGUCGUGAAGAAAGUGAAUGGUUUCCACAUUAUACUAAACUGAUUGAAGAAUCCCGUAUUGUAAAAAAAAGCGAAACCAAAGCAAAGAAAAAGAGAAGAGAAAAGGUUUUACGUUUUUUACCUAGGCUGAUCAUGUGUGGCUGUAUCGAAUUUGUCACUAUGUUACUAUACACUAAAAUCACCUAUGGUCUCGGUGCGAUGAAUGAAGCUUUGAGUCCUUAUGUGAACUUUAUUAUCGGAGCUGUCGUCGAAGGUAUUGGUUAUUGCGCUGCUGGUCUUGCAAUUACUACAGUACUGGGACGAAAAUAUUCACUGAUUUCGUUUGCACUGUUGACGGCAAUUUCUAUACUGAUAGUACCAUUCAUAACGGAAUCUUAUCCCGUUAUAGCUACCGUGAUUUCACAAAUAGGUAAAUUUGGAGUUAGUGGUGCUGUAUCAGUUUCGUGGCUUUAUGUUCCCGAACUUUUCCCAACAUAUAUGCGAGGUUUAGCUAAUGGUAUAUUUGUGUUUGUUGGUAGUUUCGGAUCGAUGGUAUCACCUAUUAUUAAUACUGCAGUCGACAAAAAAAAUGAUCGAAUUACGCAUUAUGUUUAUGCUGGGCUGACUAUAGUAUUGGCUGGUGUGAUUGCUACUUUGCCGGAGACACGUCAUCGAUCGUUUGAUGAUGGGGAACAAGGUGAGAAUGCAAGUCAAGCCGAAGAUGAUGUUGAUGACAAAUAUUAG